GAGCUAAUAACGCUUUGUUUAUUGGUUAGGACGAAAUCGCGGCCAUAAAGCCACGAGUGGGGCUGGCAAAAUUUCCCGAUCAGCUUGGCUAGGACCGCUAGUCCAUCUAAAAAUAAAGCAGUGUAUUUUCGAGACCCACCGCAAUAAAGUAGGUCUCAUUGAGUAGCAAUGAAUAAAAAUAAAUGAUGUUUUUGCAAAAACACUGUACCGAGUUUCUUUUAUUAUCCCUAUUCACCGCGACUGUUCAAUGCACUAAAUUACAAGAAGAACAAGUCUCAAGAUGGGCCAAAAAAAUCGGAGACGAACUGUGGAAGUUGGGCGAAGUUACGACAAAAUUUAAAGAAAUUCAAGGAAAUUAUGUUUACCUUAAUGCGCAAGUUGAAACGAAAGAUUUGGAAAAUUUAAUUUCCGAGGUCGGGAAAGAUAUCGAACGCAUGAUGGACCGGAAAAGCGACGCUAUCAAGUGUAUAAUCGAAGAAGCCGAGAAUUUAUCCCAAUAUUGGGUUUACAACAACUCGGAAUACCAAUACUACAGCUCCAAAUAUUCAAACGUUGUGAAUGAGACUAAAAUUAACUUGGCGCAACUGUCGGAAGCGCUCAAACGGAAUGAAAAUAUGUACCUGGAGAUGGUACUCAACGACGAUACACACUUUUACAAUUUGGCGGUUGACACCAGCCGCAGUUCGGUUCACGUACCGACAAAUAUUUUCGACAGACACGAAGAGGCUGCAUAUGCAAUCCAAUGGUCCGAAAAACUGGACGAAAUUUUCGUACGAAACUACAACUCAGACCCGGCUCUGUCGUGGCAAUACUUCGGGAGCACCUCCGGCAUAAUGAGGCAUUACCCAGCCAAAAAGUGGCCAAACAUCGAGAAGGACGAAUUCGACUGUCGCGUCAGGACUUGGUACAUUGAAGCGGCCACUUGUACCAAAGACGUGAUAAUCCUCGUGGACAACUCUGGUUCAAUGGAUGGGAUGGGGCGCCACAUCGCCUCUCUGACCGUGAACACAAUCCUUGACACGUUUUCGAACAACGACUACAUCAACAUUCUUUACUACAGCAACCAAACAACGAACUACACAAUCCCUUGCUUCCGCAACUUGUUGGUUCAGGCGACUCCUGAGAACAUCGUUCUGUUCAAAGAGGCGAUCAGACACUUGGGGCCUUCGGGCAAAACCGACUUUCCGCAAGCCCUCCAAAUGGCGUUCGAUAUUUUGGAGAACUACCGAGAAAUUCGCGGCUGUAACAAUGAAGAAAUCGACGAAGAGGGCAAAAGCAAGGCUUGCAACCAAGCCAUUAUGUUGAUAACUGACGGAAUUUCGCGCAAUUUUAGCGACAUUGUGAUGCGAAACAAUCAGCUUGAUGGGGGCAAGACAAUACCGGUGCGAAUUUUCACGUAUUUAAUCGGGAAAGAGGUCACGAAUGUUGAGGAAAUUCGAUGGAUGGCGUGCGCAAACCGAGGAUUUUACACACAAGUCCAGACUUUGGAACAGGUGACUUCGGCCGUUUUGCAAUAUAUUAACGUUAUUGCCAGGCCUUUGGUGCUCCAGGGUGAAGACCACCCCAUUUCGUGGACUCACGCUUAUAUUGACAUGACGUAUGACGACAACAAAGACGACCAAAUUAACGAACCCUAUCGCUUAUUGACCUCCGCUGCGGUCCCCGCUUUUGAUAAAAAAGUCAACCAAAACAACGAGACACGAGUUGCAAAUUUGUUGGGGGUUGCUGGCACUGAUGUGCCAAUCGCUGAUAUCGAAAAACUGACUUUGCCGUACAAAUUGGGGGUCAAUGCUUAUGCCUUUAUUGUCAGCAAUAAUGGCUACAUUUUAAUGCAUCAAGACUUUCGCCCUAUGUUUCAAAAGCAUCUCCGCAAAAACUACAACAGCAUUGACUUGGUCGAAGUCGAGGAAUUUGACACUGAACUACCCCCUCGACAUUUUCACCCCGAUUUGAAAACUUUGAGAAACAGUAUUGUGAACGGGUCGCAAGGGAGUAUCCAUGGCAUUCCCGUCAAAUAUCACUAUGAUAACAUGAGGAGGGUCACUAGAGACAAAUACGAUUAUUACUACGUGCCCUUGAACCAAACACCCUUUUCCUUGGCGUUUGCAGUGCCUGAUGGGUACGGUCAUUUCUCCCUGCAUGUGGAGGACGAAAUCAAAAAUGACCGGCACAAGCCCGGAGUCAAAAUAACCGAUUAUUUCAACGGAUCCAACUGGAAAAUUCACCCCAAAUGGGUUUACUGCAAGUACCACUAUUUGGAAGGACACGAGUAUGAAACUCCGGAGAAGGAAAUUUUGCAUUUUUUGGGUAAAGUGUACGAAAAUGACUUCAAGUGGAGGAAACAGUACGAAGCGGGAGCCGGCGAAGAGCUCACCAAAGUGGAGUGUGGGCGCCGCUCGCACGGCAACGACGACUACUACUGUGACAAAGACCUGGUGCAGAGGCUGGUUUUUGACGCGAAGAAUACAUUCGGUGCCUUCCAGGGCACCUCUUGGAAGCAUGACACGGACCGUUUGUUUCGCCGUUUCAACGCCACUCUCCGAUUUGUGGCCACGAUGAGUGGUCUAACUCGUUGGGAGUACAUUUCUGAGGAGGUGGAGAACAACACAGAGAGGGAGUUUGGGGACUUGCACGCAGAGGCGAUUGACGAAACGUGGUACAAAAGUGCCGUAAUUCACCAUCGAUACGACCCCGAGUCGUUUGUAUAUUCCGUGCCUUUUGAUUCGGGCCUUCAGGAAGAUUUGCUAGUCACUGCCAGUUAUGCGGUUUUUCCCACAGAUGCGGGGAAAAUGGCCCCAGGGUGCGUGGUGGGAUUCCAAUUUGCACACAAAAAUUUCAUGGAGAUUGUCCAAGAAAUCACCGCCAAUGUUUCAAUCGAGUGCAAUAAGGAUUGUGGAAAGUGUGGUGUUGAUUUAAAAUGUUACCUAAUCGACAAUGAUGGCUAUAUCAUUGUUUCCGAAAAUGUCCAAGACACGGGGAAAUUUUUUGGGGAGAUUGAAGGUGAUAUCAUGGGAUCUAUGUUGGAGAAAAAAUUCUUUGAAAAAGUUAUAAUUUACGACUACCAAGCUGUCUGUAACACCAAAGAUGACGAAACCAGUGACGCCACUGUUUUACUAACCCCAAUCAACUACGUCCGUUUUCUGGCAAAUUGGUUCAUAAUGAAAAUAUCAUGGUUGGCUUUCGAAAUAAACAUUUAUAACUUUUGGGCACCUUUUCACGUCUUCGCCCAGGACGAAAAAGAAGAUGGCGUCCUUAUUGAAACGAAAGAAGACGAUGAUGAAAACGAAGAAGAAGAAGAAGAAGAAGAAGACACUUACUAUGACUGUGAGCAAGAACGUGAUUUAUUUUUUAUGUUACACAACAAUAAAAGUUACGAUUUUCCGGGAGAUAUAUCGGGACAAGGUUUUAGGCAUUACUACAUCAAGAAAGUUCCGUACAGUAAUCUUAUUUUUGUGGCAAUUAAUGCGACAAUGCCACGAACCAAUCAACAAGUUUAUUCCACGUCGCCUCGAAAAAUUGUCUACAGUGAUAACGCGGAUUAUCCUUGCCAGAAAUUAGACCUCAACAACCUUCCCCGCAGAAGAUUAGCCGGAUGUUAUAAUGAACACCCACUGGAAAGUGAGAUCAAAGUUUGUGGGAAAACGGCCACGAUAAAAAAUCAGUUCUUAGUGACUCUAGUGAUGUGUUUAUUUUUACUUCAGAAUGCAUGAUUGUGUAUAUAAUAAAUGUCUAUUUUCUG